CCCCGAUAGGACCAAUGUAGCUUUAUGUGGUAUGUUAGGAUGGCUCGCUUAGUGAUCAUCACUUAUCUCGCUCUUACCUUGGUCUCCUAUGUCCAUUGUUUAACGCUGCAAAACAGGCACAUAAAAUGGGGAAAGAGAAAUGAAUUAAAGGAACUGGUUGAUGAUCUGAAAGAAGAGGAAAAACGCAGCGAACACGCCCAUGGUAUUAUUUUCUUCUUUGGUGACCUGAACAGAGAUGGGCGUUUGACGGAAGUUGAACUUAGAAGACUCUUCUCCGGAAACGUAUUCACUUCUCAUCUCGAUGACUUAAUUACUGUAUUAAUGUCACGUGAUCUAGACAACAGCCAGUCUCUGGAUGUGAAUGGGACAAGGAUUUGA